UUUUUAGACUGCGCUGAGUUUCCUGUUCACCUUCACACUUCUCUGUAACUCCGCUGUACACACACACACACACACACACACACUCUCUCUCUCUCUCUCUCUCUCUCUCUCACACACACACACACACACACACUCACUCUCUCUCUCUCUCUCUCUCUCACACACACACACACACACUCACUCUCUCUCUCUCUCUCUCUCUCACACACACACACACACACACACUCUCUCUCUCUCUCUCUCUCUCUCUCUCACACACACACACACACACACACUCACUCUCUCUCUCUCUCUCUCUCUCACACACACACACACACACACUCUCUCUCUCUCUCUCUCUCUCUCUCUCUCACACACACACACACGGAUCAGGUUUUAGGGUUGGUGUGUGUGUGUGAGUGACGGUGUAUGAAGGUGCAGCAGGAGCUGAUCUGUAAUCAUGACCUGCAGGAUUUUCCUCUGCUGGAUUGGAGUGGUGGUGUUGGCGUCGGUCACCGUGUGUCGAGGUGAAGAUAAGUGUGAGAACAUCACAGACCUGAACCUGAAGGACUCUCUCACCGGGCCGCCCCUGGUCGUCCGUUUGCUCCUGUACACCCGCGCCCACCCCGACUGCGGGAAAGUACUAAACCCAGAGGACCCACAGGCCACGCCCACUUUCAACAUCAGCCGCCCCUGCACCUUCCUCAUUCACGGCUAUCGACCCACCGGCUCCCCGCCCGUCUGGAUGAACAAGCUGGUGGAGGCUCUGCUGAGGAGACGAGACAUCAACGCCAUCGUGGUGGACUGGAACCGCGGCGCCACCAACAUCAACUACCUACGAGUGGUGGAGAACACGCGGCCCGUCGCCGAGAACCUGACCGCCUUCAUACACACCAUACAGAAAAUGGGCGCGUCUCUGAGUUCCAUCCACAUGAUCGGGGUGAGUCUGGGCGCUCACAUCUCCGGGUUCACCGGUGCAAAAUUUAACGGCUCCAUCGGCAGAAUCACAGCUCUGGAUCCGGCCGGUCCCAAAUUCAGAGGGAAACCCGAGGAGGAUCGUCUGGAUCCGGGCGACGCCCGGUUUGUGGACGCGCUCCACACUGAUAUGGACGCGUUCGGUUAUCGGGAUCCAAUCGGACACAUCGAUUAUUACGCCAACGGUGGAUCCGAUCAACCCGGCUGUCCCAAGAGUAUCUUAUCAGGUUCGGAGUAUUUUAAGUGUGACCACCAGCGCUCGGUGUUCCUGUAUCUGGACUCGAUGAAUAAUUCGUGUCAGACGGUGGUGUACCCGUGUUCUAGUUACACCGAAUUCCUGGAUGGAAGCUGUUUAAACUGUGAACGUUUCAAUUCCUCCGGCUGCCCGGUGUUCGGUUACGAUGUGAUCGGGUGGAAGGAUGUUCUGCUGCAACUCAGACAGACGACAACGUACUUCAGCACAAACGCCAAAUCGCCGUUCUGCAAAAUCAACUAUAAGCUGGAGAUCAUGAGCUGGAACUCUGAGGAACGCUGGGGUUCCAUCACCAUCACGUUACACAGCAGCACCCAGCAAUCCACCGUCCACGUCAACCAUAAGUCGUUCAGGUUCGAGAGGUACACCGACACCACGCUGCUGGCGCAGUUCGACCGGGACGUGCAGCACGUGGAAAAGAUCACGCUGAAGUACAAGACGGCGAACGCCUGCUCGCCACGCUACAAACUCCGGGUCCUCCGCUUCCGCCUCACCCCUCUGGUGAGGCGUACCUCUCAGUAUGUGGACACCGGCCUGAGGCCGAUGUGUCGCUACGAUCUUCUCCUGGAGGAGAAUAAAGACGUUACCUUCAGACCCAUUCCCUGUGAGGACUCCAACUUCUGAUCCAGGAUCUAAUCCCGUCUGAUUAUACGUUAUAUUCAUGCGUUAUUUACUUUAUCUUCAGGAUACGUACGUGGACGCUCGUUAUCUUUUAAACUCCGCGUCAGAUGAAGCAGCAGCUGAACGAACAGUCUGAUUCAGCUUCAUCUCUCCGUCUUUCAUCAGUAAUGACCAGUUAUGUCUGACUCUCUGUACCCAGCACUGCACUGGUAAGGUCCAGCCCCACCCCCUGGGCAAGGCCCUUAAUCCAUUAAUUACUGGGAUUCAGACACAGUUGCAAUUCGUUGUUUAAAAGCGUCGACUAAAGGCUGUAAAUAUAAAUAAUGUUUACACUCGUCCGUACAGAGCAGGUGAACUGAUUCUAUAUGAUUCUUUUAUUCUUUUAGCUGCUCCAGUGUUCAGUCGAUCAUUCUGGUGUAAUUUUAUAUUUUCUGUUUGUUUUCCCCCUGUUUUCAUCCCAGUUGAGUCCUGAUCAUAUUUUACCUCCACACCUGACACACACACCCCGGCCCACACGUGUGCAGUACUGACCGCUUCUUUUCACCUGCACCGGGGUUCAUACGGAUAUCUGUAUCACGCACGGAGAGUCAUGCACUGAUCUCCAUUAUUGUUAUUAACAUGUUCAUGUAGCUCAGUCCUGACUUAAUCCAAGUCCUGAUUGGACAGAGAUCAGAUUUUCUGUUUUAUUCUGUUUGAUGUAAAUAAGUGUGUUCAUGUGUAAAUAAUUUAUAUUAUGAUUCAUUAGGAGGGAAAUGUGAGUAUUAUUAUGGGCUUUUUAACUUUUUAAUUGUGUUUUUAACAUUUUUAUAUAUUAUACAUGUUUAUAAACCUGAAGCUUUUUGGUGAUGUAUUUAUUUUAAAUUAUUAGUGUACAGACACGUUAUAUUAACCUCCAUGAUUAUUAAAAACUAAUAAAAUAAUCCUCAUUUUUAACAGAUCAGAAUUUGACUGAGUUUCCUUGCGGGCUGUGGAAGAGCCCACUGUUCCAUGUUCAUUUAAUGGGUGCAAUCAAACUAGUCCUGUUUACAUGGGCAUAAAGAAUAAACAGUAUGUACAGUAUGAUUGUGUGUGAUCUGUAGUAAACAAGUGCAUUAUACAGGUGAUGUUAGUGCUCUGUUCUCCAGCAGGGGUCGCCAGUGUGCUGUAAUCAUGUCUAACACUACCUUUGUAAAUUGUUGUAACUUUAUAAUUAAAUGAUCAUUUUUAAUAUAAAA